CAUGUGGCGCCCCCUUGUGAUCAGCAAUCAUUCCAUGCUGCCUAGUUAUACGUGUCUUUUUAAUGUAUAAAUGGCUUUUAAAAUAUUAUCCAGACUCACCACGUUAAAUCUCCAAAUAAAGGGUCCCCAGACUGGCUUCACUGCGUUAAGUUCUGGCUGUAGUUUGUCAGUGGAACACGACCGACAGAACCGGCGCUUCACUGUUACUCCAGGCAGCGGGGCAGGCGGCCAUGCAGAAUUUGCAGUGCUGCAAUACAAAUUCACCGGAGAAAAGGAAGUUGACUUAGUGUCAACGUAUGUUCCCGAUACAUUUAGGGGCCAAGGUGUUGCUGCUUUGCUCUCACAGGCUGCCAUGGACUUUCUGGUUGAAGAAAACCUCAAGGCUCACAUCUCCUGCUGGUAUAUAAAGAAAUACAUCGAGGAUCACCCGAUAAAAACGUAUAAAGGACUUGUGAUCCCUUGACUGCAGCUUGAUUUUGAAGUACAGCUAGUGAUGCUACCUCAAAUUAUCUACAACCAAAAUCUGUCAAAAAUAAUCUGAAUAGAUAUUUCAACUUGUAAAUUGUUGUUUGGCAACUUGAAAUAUGUGAAUGUGUUAUUAAUUUUGUAUCAGAAAGCACUUGAAUCUUUUUUAAUCCAUAAUGAGUUUAUCAAUAGUUUCUCACAAAGUAUUCAUAUUUUUUAAUGAUUUAAUAUAUGGAAAAUAAAUGCAAAUGUUAGCAAGGCAUAA